AUGCGGCGUGUGAUAAACACCUUGCUGCUAGUUGUGGUAGUUGUACUUAGUACAGGUAAUAUGGGCUGCAGCGCGCCGUAUAUAUAUAUACUGCAGCCCCAGCAGCGUCAGGCACAGCUCGCCAUCACCACCGCCACCAUGAGGACCGCUGCACUGAUACUGGUAAUCGCCUGCGCUGGAUACAUAACAGGAUUCACUAUUUCUAAACCUGAUGUGGAUGGGGGUUUAGUAAAAAUUAAAGAUGGUCUAACUGACAUGUUACCUAAAAUAGACCUAGGAACCGCCACUGCACCAGCCCCGGCUCCCACCAACUCUACUACAAAUACUACUGCGCCAGCACCGGCACCUGCCAUCAACAAUACGACGCUACCAGUGAGCGCGGUGCCAGCGCCCUCCGGCAACCUGACAGAUUCUGUGGCCAACUUGACCAACAGCACCGAUACGGCAGCGGUGCCGAUAAGCGCGGUGCCAGCGCCCUCCGGCAACCUGACUGAAGCCGUGACCAACUUGACCAACAGCACCGACACGGCAGCGGUGCCGAUAAGCGCGGUGCCAGCGCCCUCCGGCAACCUGACUGAAGCCGUGACCAACUUGACCAACAGCACUGACACGGCAGCGGUGCCGAUAAGCGCGGUGCCAGCGCCCUCCGGCAACCUGACUGAAGCCGUGACCAACUUGACCAACAGCACUGACACGGCAGCGGUGCCGAUAAGCGUGGUGCCAGCACCCUCCGGCAACCUGACUGAAGCCGUGACCAACCUGGCCGGCAACGACACGGCGGCAGCACCCGCGCCCUAG